CUUGCAUGUGUCAUCGAGAAAGCAGAAGAAGAAAAGGAAAAAUAGAAAAGGUAAAAAUGGCUGCCAUUGUAAAUCAGGCAUUCCGAAGAUAUUUACAAACUACCGUGCAAAGGGGUGUUCAGGUACAGGGCCCUUCUGCGGUAUCUGGACAGCAUGAAGGUGGGUUCAAGAUUUGGAAGAACCUCACUAUCUUCGUAGCAUUUCCAUCGAUCUUACUCUGUGGUGUAAACUGCUAUUUAGCCCAUCAAAGCGGACAUCACGGACAGCCAGAGUUCGUCAAAUACGAUUAUCUCCGUGUUCGUACAAAGCGAUUCCCAUGGGGUGAAGGCAACCGUUCUCUGUUCCACAACUCUCAUGUUAAUGCCCUCCCCGAUGGAUAUGAGGCACAUUAAGUGAGAGUGUAUAAUAGUAUUCAAUAGAGCCAUUUCAUAUAUUAUUUGUAUUUUUAAUUGUUAAUAAAUGUCAUGAAUUACGUA